AUGCUCGAGCGCUUGUCCGUGGACUACGGAAAGAAGAGCAAGAUUUCCUUCACCGUCUGGUGCUGCCCGCAGGUAGCAACGGCAGUCGUCGAGCCGUACAACACCGUGUUGUGCGUUCACUCGCUCUUGGAGCAUACCGACGUGACGAUCAUGUACGACAACGAGGCCCUCUACGAUAUUUGUCGCAGGAACCUGGACAUUGAGCGCCCCACGUACACCAAUCUGAACCGCUUGAUCGCCCAGAUCAUCAGUUCCCUGACGGCCAGCCUUCGCUUCGAUGGAGCCUUGAACGUGGACAUCACGGAGUUCCAGACGAACCUGGUGCCGUACCCGCGCAUCCACUUCAUGCUCACGUCCUAUGCUCCGGUCAUCUCUGCCGAGAAGGCCUACCACGAGCAGCUGUCCGUGGCUGAGAUCACGAUGUCCGUCUUCGAGCCGGCGUCCAUGAUGGUCAAGUGCGAUCCUCGGCACGGCAAGUACAUGGCCUGCUGCAUGAUGUACCGCGGCGAUGUUGUGCCAAAGGAUGUGAACGCCGCCGUGGCCACAAUCAAGACCAAGCGCACCAUCCAGUUCGUGGACUGGUGCCCCACGGGCUUCAAGUGCGGCAUCAACUACCAGCCGCCCACCGUGGUCCCAGGUGGUGACUUGGCGAAGGUCAUGCGGGCCUGCUGCAUGAUCUCCAACUCCACGGCCAUCGCGGAAGUCUUCUCGCGUAUCGACCACAAGUUUGACCUGAUGUACUCGAAGCGAGCCUUCGUGCACCACUACGUGGGUGAAGGCAUGGAAGAGGGAGAGUUCUCGGAGGCGCGCGAGGACUUGGCUGCCUUGGAGAAGGAUUACGAAGAGGUUGGCAUCGAAACAGCAGAAGGUGAAGGCGAAGAGGAGGGCUACGGAGACGAAUUCUGUCCGGCCGUCGUCUGCCGUCCUGUGCAGCUGCACGAGGACUGGAACUUUCAUCCAUAUUUGAACGGCGGUCUUCCAUGCUUCGGAGGCCUCACGCCGGACUCGUUGAUAGCCAAAGCAGAGGCAAGCUCCGGAGCUGCGAACCAGAGUGCGAAUGAGAGCUACGUCACGCCCGAGGCGUUGCUAAGCGUGCUUCGGGAGGAGCACAAGAAGAACAGAAGAUUACGGAAAAGGCUGUAUAGGAUGAUGCAUCGAGAAAGCGAGAAUUUCUCCGAAACUGUCACCGCAGCUCGAUCGAUGCAGCGAGACCUCUCCAGCUACCUCCAGAACCUCACCCACCAGGCUUGGAGGAAGAGCGCGAAGACGCACAGAUCCACGUCAAACUUGGAGCGGAGCUCCUUCGACAGGUCUGCAGAGCAGACGCCCGAGGAGGAUUCGCUGACAUUUCCGGACUAUGAAACAGAGCUGGAGACAAACAUGGAGCUGCGAAAUCGACUCGCGCAGCUGGAGAGCUACUUCGAUGUCCAGGCAGACCAGUGGAAACAUGCCCUCUCUGCCACCUCUGAACACGCAACUCAGAAAUCCCGAUCUGGAGAAACCACAGUGCCAGGGCAAGAGACCUCCCCGAGCCAGGCUGCAGAAGGUGCUGAGACCACCCUGCAGUCAGAGCAGCCUCUGCAGUACAGUGCCGGCACCUCCACUACCACUGUAUCAGAAGAUGCUGACACCACGUCAGAGCAGACUCGGCAGUCCGGCGCUGGCACCACCACUACCACUGUAUCGUCUGACGAAACGCAGCACCACCACUACCACUGUAUCGUCUGA